GGCGGAGAGAGGCGUCAUGCAGGAAACGAAUCUGGACAAUGUGACGCAGUUGUACGCCCACAUCAAGAUGACGUCCAAGGCCACCAGAGUGCUCGCCGUUGUAACAUCCUCGGCCAAGGUCACAAGUAAGCGAGGCUGCCGCGCCUACUACCGCUACCGCAAAACGCAACUCAACCUUGCCGACGUAUUCACGAGGCAAGACAAGCUCAUCGCACUUGGAAGCCGUAUCGCGACAGUCAUCCACAACCCACCGGACCCGGACUGGAGAACCGCACUACGACCGCGAGACAGGGAGAAAACAGGAGCGCAAAAACCUGAGGCUACGGCAACUUUGCCCGAGGCCCAAAACGUGCUCGCCGAAGGAGACCGGAACGCCGGGGUGAUGAAGCGCGCCUCUGCCGCUUCGUUGCCUGGAAAAACCAAAAAGCACGUUAAAAGAAAGUGAACCUGCUCACACUGUGCGCCCGAGCAAAGUCGCGCCACGUGCGCCACGGUCUCCACGUGAGACCAAGCUAUGGUGGAUUUAUUGAGCACAAGUGUUCCGGCUGGGACACUUCUAUUCUAAGGUCCCCUUGCCUGCUUGGGCUGGUUGAAUCAAAUAAUGGGCUUAGCGGAUCCUUCGCGCUCAGAUCUAAGCUCUGGCUACUCAUAAAAUCAAACGAGGGCUGCGAUCUGAGAACUCAGCAAAUUUAUAUAGGUAUCUGUAGUCACCUAUUAUUCUACUGGGCCGCAAAUGAAAAAUUAACCUAUUGAAAAAAUUCUGGCUACAGGCAGGAGGGACGCUGAGAGCGUUGGUCUAGAAAGGGUAGAUCUGUUUU